AUGAACGGAACAACGAAUCCAGCAAAUGGUGCGCGACCAUCAGACCAGCAGCGUACUUUGCAAUCCGAAAUUGCUCUUCUUCAGUCUAUCCUGUCUCAGAAUGGGCCCGAGGAUGCCGAAGCCAAUGUUGCAGAACUCCUGCGACGCCUUGAGACGGCGGACGGGAUUGCGACCGGUGUAGAGAGCCGGCUCGACGAGAUCAUCGGCAACUUGGACAAUCUCAUCGGCACGUUGGAGCCUGGAGCCCAGCUAGAGACUAUCACAGUGGAUCAGGGGACAGCUAUCGUGCAGCAGGGCGAAAGGGUAGUGCAGGAAGGGCAUGUUGGCGCAGUCCUAAAGCAGAGGGUGAUCGAAGGGCAGGAGGACACAGCGGACGACAAGGCAUGA